CGCGCCCGCAUUCCUGCCUGAAGAGCGGCGGCGGCCCGAGGGGGCCCGUCAGACCGGGAGCGACGCCUCCGCCACGGCACCGCGGACACGAUAUUUUCUUUCCCUUUUAUACCGCUGGCUUUUUCAAGUGAUUUUUUUUUCUACCUUUAUUUAUUUAGGGUUUUGUUUUCGCUGACGUUUUAUAGUUGAGCGUUUUCUCCCUUGCGAGAAGCAGCAGCAGAGAGAAGAGCAUCUCCUUAUUCCGAGGCUUCGGGAGAAAAGCCGGCUUUCAAGUUCUUGCGGAGAAGGCGCGGCGAGCUCCGCCGCCAAGGACAAAAGAGCGGCCGCCGAGCCCCGACACCCCACCACCACCACCACCCCCCACCACCACCCCGCAUUCCGCCGGCGUCACCGCCGCCAUGAGCAGCGCCGAGAUGGGCAAGUUCAACAUCUCCCCCGACGAGGACAGCAGCAGCUACAGCUCCAACAGCAACGACUUCAGCUACCCCUACCCCACCAAGCCGGCUGCCAUGAAGAGCCACUAUGCGGAUAUUGAUCCAGAAAAUCAAAAUUUCUUGCUCGACUCCAAUCUUGGAAAGAAGAAAUAUGAAACUCAGUAUCAUCCGGGUACUACUUCCUUUGGAAUGUCAGUAUUUAAUCUGAGCAAUGCUAUUGUGGGUAGUGGCAUCCUUGGUCUUUCUUAUGCCAUGGCUAACACUGGAAUUGCUCUUUUUGUGAUACUCCUGACGGUUGUCUCAAUAUUUUCUUUGUAUUCGGUACAUCUCCUUUUGAAGACUGCCAAUGAAGGAGGAUCUUUAUUGUAUGAACAGCUAGGAAUGAAGGCAUUUGGCAUGGCUGGAAAACUUGCUGCUUCUGGAUCAAUUACAAUGCAGAACAUUGGAGCUAUGUCAAGCUACCUCUUCAUAGUGAAAUAUGAGUUACCAUUGGUCAUCAAGACAUUUAUGAACAUCGAAGAGACCACAGGAGAAUGGUAUCUUAACGGCGACUAUUUAGUGCUGCUGGUGUCUGUCAUCCUCAUUCUUCCCUUGUCCUUACUGAAAAAUUUAGGAUAUUUGGGCUAUACCAGCGGCUUUUCCUUACUUUGCAUGGUCUUCUUUCUGAUUGUUGUAAUUUGGAAGAUGUUUCAGAUCCCUUGUCCUAUGGACAGUGACAUAAUAAACAUGACACAUUUAGCAAAUGUGACACUGGCAUCUUUGGGAGAUGGAAACAUAACAAGUGAUGACAUGUGCAAGCCAAAAUAUUUCAUCUUCAAUUCACAGACUGUCUAUGCUGUACCAAUCUUAACAUUUUCUUUCGUCUGCCAUCCUGCAAUUCUUCCUAUCUAUGAAGAGCUGAAAAGCCGAAGCCGUAAAAGAAUGAUGAACGUGUCCUACGUAUCUUUUUUUGCCAUGUUCCUCAUGUAUUUAUUGGCUGCUCUCUUUGGAUACCUGACGUUUUAUGGAAGAGUCGAACCAGAACUGCUUCAUACCUACUCUGCUUAUCUGGGUGCUGAUAUUCUUCUUCUCAUUGUGCGUCUUGCUGUACUUAUGGCUGUAACCCUUACUGUACCUGUAGUUAUUUUCCCAAUCCGCAGUUCCAUCACCCAGCUGUUGUGGGCAGGGAAGGACUUUAGUUGGUGGCGUCACUGCGCCAUUACAGUUGCUCUUCUGGUAUUUACCAACCUGCUUGUUAUCUUUGUCCCUACCAUCCGAGACAUCUUUGGCUUCAUUGGUGCAUCUGCAGCUGCCAUGCUGAUCUUUAUACUUCCUUCUGCCUUCUAUAUCAAAUUAGUGAAGAAGGAACCAAUGAAGUCAGUGCAAAAGAUUGGGGCUGCGCUCUUCUUUCUAAGUGGUAUACUUGUGAUGACUGGGUGUAUGACACUGAUUAUUCUAGACUGGACCCAGAAUGUUGCAUCUGAUGGCCAUUAACUGUCCUGGUUUAAUCUCUAAUACUCCACUUCAAAUGCCAGUGUUCACUCAGAUACCUACUGAGAAUGAAAAUGAGCUAUUCAGCUUCCUUUAAAAUGCAGAUUCUUUGUUGAUGGUUCUUCUGAUUGUAGAAUACCCGAACUCUGUCUCUAAGGAACUAUUCUGCAUGAUGGAAGUGGAUAUUAACAUCAAACCACAUGAGUGUCUGGCUGAAGGAAGUGACAACUUUAUUCCAUUCCAGAGAAUGGACAGAACUCUCCAUAGACUUUUAUCAAGCCAUGUUUGGCUUUCGUCAUUGUUACUUGGAUAUUUUGUUAUUUUACUUGAAUGUGCCUAAUGGAACCAUUUGAUGUGAGAAAUAACUUUAAUUUACAGCAAAGUGUUUAAAUAACCAAUGAGAGAGAGAAAGAGAAAAACACUAUUAUUUUUUGUACCAAAAAAUUCUUAUGGACCUCAAAAGCACUAUUUUGACUUUAAGAAACAUUUUUCUAAAAAGAAUGAAAGAAUAACAUAGAGCUCAUAAAAAUACUUAAUCAGUGUCCUAAAUUAAAGCUAGUUUGCCUUUCUGUAGAGGCAUAAUUAGAAGAAAUUUUUAUUUUAAAAAAUACUUCUAAUGACCAAAACAGAAAAUGAAACAAUUCAAGUAAAAAAUCUCUAAUUAUAAAUGCUUCCCACAAAAUUCACUUAAUUCAAAGUAGAGUGAAAAUAAUUCUGAAAAUCAUUUGUCAGCUUACUUAAGUAAUUACACUUACCUUAGUUCCCCAAAAUGGUGUGGAAACCCAAAUUUUGAAGCUUUAAAAAAUCCACCCUUCAGAAUGGUUACGUUUGAGGAAAACGUAGCUGAUCUAGAAAUCGUAAAGAUGGCAUUGACAUUUCCCUUCUUGAGGUACUCAAUAGUGCAGUUGGGUAAAACAGGGUUUGGGAGUUUUUGUGUUUGUGGGGUUUUUUUCUGUUGUAGAUACAAACUGAAUGGCACUGGGGUGUAUCAUGCCAUUAACUCCCUCCUGGAGUUCUCUUUAUUAAUAUGGUCCAUUGUCAGUUGUAGCAAUGUUUGUUGGGUUUUUUUCUGUCCAAUCUAUCUCGAAACACUCUGUAGGAAAACACAAAGGUCCUAAUGUAGUUUACUAGUUGUGUAAUAUUCAAAAAGUGUACAGUAUUUCUCAAAUUACUCAUCCAUUAUUGGAUUUUGAAUUACUUGACUAUUCUGUUUCUGAGUCAAAUCCACAGAAUAACUGCACCAGUAUUUCCUGCUUGGUACAAAGUCUCUUCGCAUACGCAACUGGGAUUCCUCUUCCAAUUUAUACUGUAUAGUAGUAUUAAAGAUAACCUCAUAGACUGGAUAGUCAUCUCAUACUUGUUUGCUUCAGAAAUAGGUAAGUUUCUUAUGAGCCCUAGCUAGCUAGCUGAUGAAACAGGUGCUGUAUGGUUGUGAUUAGCUGUUUUGUUUCUAGUGCAUGUUUACUCUUUCAUUCUUAUCCCAGGUUGAAGAGAAAUAACACUUGUAUAACAGCGUACUUGGCUUAUAAGAGGUUCUCAAACACGACAAUAUUGGGUACAAAUGCCUAGAUAGAGAGUAUUAAUGAAAUAAUCAUGGCAACGUGGUCAGCUGUCUUCAUCUGACAUGAUGCUUUAAAAAUCUGAUUUACGAAGUUCCACUCGGUCGUUGUGUCAGAGGGAACAAGUGAGGGCCUGUAAUCCAUUGAUUAAACAGUGCCUGAGACUUCUUUGCUCUUGCAGAAUUAAUCGGGAACAAAUCUAAACGAUCGCCACUGUUUGGCAGGUAACAUCAGUCUCUGCCCAGCCAUUUAAAAAAUCUAUGAAAACAACUGCAGGUAUUUUGUAUUGAUACUUCGCAUGACUGUAAGUACUGGUCACUAAGUCUGUAGUGUAAAACUGUAAUGAGAAGUUAGAUUCCUCUUGUGUUGUUUGCAUUAUUAGUUCGGUGGUACUCAACUGGCAAUUAACGAUCCUGGAGUCAGCGCUGACGAACGCUCCUUAGGUACUCCUCUGCCUCAGGUACUGCACAUCCGUGGCUAACUAUCCCAUGUUACCUGAUCUCCACAGAAGUGCGGAGUGUGUGCCUCCCCAGUACUUUGGCAGCUUUUCUUCUUCCUCUCUGCCCACAUAGAAAGGUGGAAGAGGAUUAAAAUGUUGUCUACCUUUGAGCAAUUUGUAGCACGUAGGGGAUGAACUGCUUCCUGUGCCAGCAUUUAAAAAAAGAAGAAAGGGAGAAACAGCCUCCUUUCAGUAAACACAGAAGAGGAAGGAGGUGUAGAUGAGAAGUUACUACACAGUCCUUCUGAGCAGCCAGAGAGAAGGCAGAUUUUUGUGAUGACACCUCAUAUCAUACAUGUCACUUAGUUCUCUGAAUGUAGCAAUUUCCAGUUUUUACAUUAUGUGCUAUAUUAUUUGAUGACUGGCUCUCCACCUGCAGCAGUUGAGUUCCACUUGGCUGGGUUGAUUUCCAACAUAUGAUUUAUUUAAUUUUGUAUUUUUUUCCAAACCUGUCUGCUUAAAGUUACAUUACAAACCACCUGAAAGAACAGCUUCAGUAUUAAACCACUGUCUCCUCACCUCGGUUAGACAUUACUGUCUUCCAUGAUAUUUCAGUCAUAAAUGUAACAUGUUAUUUAUAAAACAUUAAUCCAUUAAAACUAAACCUAUUUUUCAAUAUUUAUGAUAGUCUAUGUACAUAAACUGUAUGUGUGUAUAUACUGUAAGUAUGAUGUAUAUAAUGUAGGUUUGGAAUCGAAAAUUUAUGUAUAUAUUCCUCUCUCAUUACUGAUUGUUACAUCGUUUCAAGGAGUUGUUCAUGUUGUACAUCUGUAUAACAACUAUCAAAGAUACUUUCACAACAAAACAUAAUGCUUAAAAAAUGGAAGAAAUGUGUUACGCCUAACGUGUGUAAGAAAACUUAAGAUUGUAUUUAUUACAAAUGUAUAUGUUGCAAUAAACACAGGAGUCACUUGGGUCCAUAAAAAGCAUCGUUCAGGUUCACAUAUACUUCUCCUCUAAAAUUUACCAUGGAUGUUAGAGUUCCCUGAAUGCAGCAACUUAACAGCUUUUAGGAUCUAACGUAUUUGUUAGGCCACCAAAUUCAGGCAUUCUGUGGUACAUCCGUGUACAUAUGUAAAUAGCCACUGUAUUGUUAGAGGCCAACACUCUAGCUGCAGUUGUUGGCAGGGAGUGCAACAGUUUCAAUGAAACGUUGUAUGUUUGUUUUAACUGAAAUAAAUAAAUAGAUAAUCCUAA